CGCAUACAAGAUCCUAGCCGACCACGUGGCAAGGCGAGCGAUUCAAAUGAAUUACCAUGCCAGCCGAGCAUUACCAUGGCGUUCUUUGUUUUUAAUUUGACGGCGUAAGCUCUGGUGACUGCCCCGCAUACACGAUCGUCGCCGACCACGUGGCGAGGCCAUGGUGGCCGUGGCAGCAGACCAUUUCCAGGUUUAACGACUAACUGCUAUAACAUUGUCACGCGAACAGAGUGGCGGCAGCUCCGGCGGCGCAAUGCUCUCGGGGUAGCGCGAGCAUGAUCCAGCCAUGGAAGCUCUCAAUGGCGUCAAGAAGAGGCAUUUCAGGGUAGAGGGUUUCCAGUGGCCCUUCUCGCGCGUGGCUAUGGAGUGGAGGCCUGGCGCCGGCACCGCCAAGCGCAAGAAGAUCUCCAGCGACAUCAAUGUCGCCACUCCUCCUCCUCCUCCUCCUUUACUUCCUCACCCUUCCUCACUCCUCUCCCUCCGGCAGCUCAAUCACUCACCACCACCGCACGAUCCAAACUUUCUCCGCGCGCUCCAGGCCAAUGCUCUUCGGACAAUGUCGGUGAAUGGGAAGGGCUUCCUAUCGAAUCCUUGGUCGAACAGGGCAGCUUGGUCCAGGGUCCAGAGCACGGUCGGGUCGAAGAAGGAUCACGGUGGGGAUUUGAUGAACAAGAAGAGGCAGCUGGAGCUGUGGGACUUCGCGGGGUUCUCUCGUGAGAAGUUAAAGCUUCUCAAUGAGAUUGAGGUGCUCAUCGACUCGGAGGAGAAUGCUUUGAACAUGGAAGCUUCUGCUAAGGCCGCGGAAGGACGUCUUCGAAGCUUGCUGGAUAUCUGCGUAUGCUCUCAAUGCCAGGAGAAUAUAGAGAACAGGAUAGCUCUACAAAGCGUGAGAACCAAAGGUUUGGACGAUGGCAAGGUUAUUUCAGCAAGAACGAAUGUAGCGACUGCAAAGCAAGAGGAUCAGACAGCACCAGCGCUGGAAGGUCCCAAAACCACGAAGGUGACACUUAGAUAUAGUUUUCUAGGUCGGAAGUAUUGCUUUGGUUGCGUGCUCUCAGCUUCCAGGAACGAUGAAGAGAGAUUUCACGAAGCAGGAGUCUCUCGAAAAGGAAAGAGAGAAGGAGAGGCGCUUCUUUCUUGGAAAUGUGAAAGAAGCCAUGGAGCGUGACCGGGUUGCGCUUGACAACUUUCUGCAGAAGCAGAGGCUCAAGCAUGAAGUGUCUAAGCAGAAACUUGGCGAGGUGAAGGGGAGCUUUCUUGGGAAGUAUCUGAGCUUUCUUGACAACUCACUGGACGAUGCUCUCCAAAAGGACGAUUUAAGCGACAAGCACGACCAGGAUUCAGAAGGUUUGGAGGAUCCUUCCAAACUUCGCAAGGAUUAAACUCCUGAGCUGGAACGAUCUUCUGAAAAGUCAGAUGAAGUAACCGCGCGAACUUAACUUAGCUUUGCUGGCGCCGCCUUGUCUAGACACUAGAAAACGGAGGACAUGCCUCGUAGUGAACUGAAGCCAAUCCGGCAGCCAGAUUGCGAGAAGGCUGGUAGACCGCUUAAACCGAAUCGCCACGAGGAGUUUGCGGGAACCAAGGCUUAAGCACUUCCAUAGGAGUUCUUGACAGAGAGAUCAGGUGUCAUGCUGCCAGGCUGCUAGGAUUGUCUUCCAGACAACCUCUACAUCCAAGACGUUUGAUCGGCUUGGAUCGAACGUAACAAGAAGAAUACUCCAGGAUUUUAUGUGAUCCAACACCUCCAGAUGGUCAAUGUGAUCUUUCUUUCAGUAAGAUAUUUUUCUUCACUGGCUA